GUGAAGGAUCCCAAGAUGGCUGGGCAAAAACUUGCUCUAAAAAUCAUUGACUGGGUAACUUCUUGGGAGAGCAUAUCCCGAAACCAAAAGGCCAUUGCUAAUUCCCUGACAUCCUGGAAUGAGAUUCUUACCUCCAGAUUGGCUACUUUACCUGAGAAUGCACCAUCUACUGACUGGACUUACUACAAGGCCAGUGUGGCCAAGGCAUGCUUGGUGGAUGACUUUGAGAAGAAGUUUAAUGCCCUGAAGUUUCCUGUACCAGAGGAUAAAUAUACUGCCCAAGUGGAUGCUGAAGAAAAAGAAGGUGUGAAAACUUGUGCUGAGUGGAUAUCUCUCUCAAAGGCCAGGACUGGACAAUAUGAGAAACAGCUGGAGAAGAUGAGGAACUUAAUUCCAUUUGAUCAGACGACCACUGAGGACCUGAACGAAGCUUUCCCAGAAACCAAAUGA